AUGGGUCCAUUAGAUCGGAAGCGCGACUUGAAGGCGAGUCCGUCGGAAAGGAUCGCUCUCAAAAAAGACCUCCGGAAAAUGUCACACGCACCGCGUGUGGGAAAGAUGCAGAAUCUUGUGAGGGCGCAUCAGGUGAUAGAACCAGACAUUUUGAAGACGGUGUUCCGCACCCACUUUGGUCACUAUGAGCCUAUAGUGAUGCCUUUUGGUGGUACAUGGGAGGAACAAUUGCAGCAUAUCAAUACAGUUUUACAACUGUUGUCCAAUAAUCAAUUUCAUGUUAAGAGAAAGAAGAGCUCAUUUAGGCACACUAUGAUAGAAUAUCCUGGGCAUAUGAUUUUGGUGCAAGGGGGUGCCAUGGAUCCAGCAAAGGUCUCCAGUGUGUUAAAUUGGUCUCAAGCCAAGUCUGUAGGCGCAGUUUGUGCGUUUCUAGGGCUAACUGAAUAUUAUAGACGGUUCAUCAAAGGCUACAGUAUGAUAAUGCAGCUUUUGACACAACUACUCAAGAAAGAAUCUCAGUUUAAGUUUGUGAGGGAUGGCGAAGCUCAAGCUGCCUUUGUUCAAUUGAAACAAGCCUUAGUUUCUUCUCCAGUUCUUGCAGCACUCGAUUUUUCAAAGCCUUUCGUUUUAGAAUGCGAUGCUUCUGGUUUAGAUGUUGGAGCAAUAUUGAUGCAAGAGUAG